AGUUAGGGAGGCCAUUUCUCCAUCCGGGUCUCCAGAGCUCACCUCCGGCCUGAGGAGGUGACGUCCGUGACGUCAUCGAACGCGGGGCGCUAUUGUGAUGUCAUAGGUGCUAGGGCCGGCCCUUAGCAUUCUGGCCUUGGUUCCACCCUGCGUUCCCACACAGGGCCGGGGCGUGGCGAUGAAGGGCGGGCGCGAUCUUAAAUCGGGCCGCCGCGGAACAGCCUAUGCCCCGUGCCGCCCUGGGCGCCUCCAGCGCCACCUCCUGAGCGGCGAGUUCGAUCAGCUGCGUGACUUACCCAUCUUUGAAAGCAACUUCGUGCAGGUGACCCGGUUUGGAGAAGUCGCCAACAAGGUCACCAUGGGGGUGGCAGCCUCUAGUCCAGCUCUGGAGCUGCCAGACCUGCUGUUGCUGGCCGGCCCCGACAAGGAGAGUGGAUGCCUGCAGCUCCUCGGGCUGUUCCCCUUGCAAUUCGUGCAGCUGUUUGUGCAUGAUGAGAGCCGACAGCAGCUCAAGGUCAAGUUCCGCACAGGCCGUGCCUUCUACCUGCAGCUGCUAGCACCACCAGAGACCCUGGACCUUGAGUUCGGCCGCUGGGUGAGAUUGCUUUACCGUCUGCGCUUCCACUCGCCCGCCUGUGCGGUACCCUUCACCCAUGAGGACACGGCACCUGAGGAUGAGGAGGAGGAGGAGGACGACUAUGAGGAGGAAGCCAAGGAGGGGCAGUUUCGGCCUCCAGAGUCUGGGCAGCUCCAGCCAGCAGCGGAUCAGAUGUUGGGACUUGCAGCCAAGCAUGGGACAGAGCUCCAGGGGUCCUGUGGAAGUGUUGGGGGAAAGAUGGAAGGACCUGGAGGGGACACGGACCUCACAAGAAGACCAACAGAGACAACUAACCCAGACCCAUGGGGGCUUACAGAGACUGAGACAUCAGCUAAGGAGCACGCAUGGUCUGGACCUAGGCCCCUGCACAUAGCUGAUGGGCUGCUUGGUCUUCAUAUGGGGCGCCUGGCGAGUGGAGGGGGACUGUUUCUAACAUGGACUCUGUUGCCUGCUUCUGGAUCACUUCCUCCUGGCAGGGCUACCUUGCCUGGCCUCACAGGAUGAAGAUAUGCUCAGUCCUGAUGUAAUGUGAUGUGAUGUGCUGGGGAAGGUUGAUACAGGGGGAGCUCUCCUUUUCUGGGGGAAAAGGGAGAGGGGAAGAAAGAAGGGGGAAAGGAGGCC